GUAUGGUAUUUCCCCAACCAACGAGGCACUUGACUACACUUACAAACAUAAACAUAUAUACAUUUACUCAAAUGCGGAAAUUAGUCCAACAGAAGAUCGUCGGAGGGACGAAGUAACGGCUAUUGCGGAGUUCAUUGAGGCAAACAUAUCUUGAGUAUCACCCAACGCUGAUUUCUUCAUUUCAUUAUCGGACGCACAAAUAAUGGCUUUGCAACCUGUUGCUCUCUGUCUUAUCUUGACCCACGCUGUGCUGUUGGAUAAUUCUCAAGCGUUGAGCCUCGCGAAAAUCCAAGACCAAACAACUCUCCAGUAUGACAUCCUUCAGUCUCCUGAUUCUCCAGUUAUGGCUGUCGAUCUACAAAAAGAAACACUUUUGCUUUCUGAUACUCAUAAACGAUCUGCCGAGAAUAAGUCUCAAUCUGAAGCUUCCGGAAUUCAACCGGUUACAAAAGUAGCUUGCUCCGAGAAAGAAAAGCUUUUCUCAUCCACCGGAUUGAUAAUUGUCGCCUGUUUAAGUUGCCUCAGCUUCCUCCUACUUUACACGGUGAUACUGUUAAUGGCGGUGCCAAGGCUAUGUUUCCCUUAUCAUCCAGAUAGCAAGAAGAUGAAACAGAAGAGGGCUAAUAUGAAAGAGAUUAACAAAGCUAAGACAGAUGAGUCGUCAAAGAAGCCUCUCAAUUUACCUUCGGGUAAAAUAAAUAAAUCUGGUCGAAACGAUAGUGGCAUAGAAUCGGUGGAUGGACUUAUGACUGGAAAUGAAGGCAGCACUUUCAUUGAUCGUUUGUAUUAUUUCGACAAAGCUAUCAACCGUCCUAUUUCUGAUGAUGAAUUAGUGGGGGAAGAAAGAAGACCUCCUAAUAGAGUAGGAGUGACCACGUUUAAUGGCAAACGUCCGCGAUCGCAGUCAGUUGCCAUAAUGCCAUCACGUUAUCAGUCAGGAAUAUACAUUGAACUGUGAACUAUAGAAACAAACGACCAAUCAAACGAGUUUCUUGAUGAAACCUUCUCUCGUUAAAACAAUAUCAUCGUUUAUCACAAUGAGGCGAAGAUGUGUACCCUACAUUCAAAGCUUGUAAUUACCAGUGAACUGCACACACACAUGCACACACACACACAAAGAAGUUUGGUAAUAUAACCAGGAAAAUAGAGCUCAAAACAUGAGUUAAUACUUUUAAUAAUCGACAGAAGUCACGAAGUGACUCAAAAUCCGAGAGUUUCGUGCAUUGAUACUUACGAAAUUCCGAUAAUAUAUGUGUGUGUGUGUGUAUGCGUGUGUGCGUGUGUGUGUGUAUGUGUGUGUGUGUGUGUGCGUGUGCGUGUGUGUGUAUGUGUACAGAGAAAGAUAUGCAUAUAGGUAUGAGUGUACAUAUGUAUAUGUGUGAGCACGCGCGCGUGUGUGUGUGUGUGUAGAUAAAUCCAGAAUCUUGGAUGUUUCGUUAAUAAAAUUUUCAAACAGUU